AUCGAUAAUGAACUACCAGCUAUUCCGGCAAAUCGAGGAGCCGGGAUGGAAGCUAAGCUGGAGAUGGGGAGGAAGCGAAGUAAUAUGGAAUAUGUUCGGGGCAGAGGCGACUGAGCAGGGGAACUGCUCCUUCUUCAGAGGCAAAGUUGCGCCACAUUGCUGCGAAAAGGAGCCCGUCAUCAUAGACCUUCUGCCCGCUGCACCUUACUCCAUGCAGGUCGCCAACUGCUGCAGAGCCGGAAUCCUCACAUCCAUCACUCAGCAUCCCAACAAAUACGUCUUCGCUUUCCUCAUGCACGUCGGGAUUGCAGACCCCAGCGACGCACCACCCGGGUGCCAACCGCCUUCUCCAUUGGCGUCCCGGGAUACACCUGUGUUUCGUGCGUCGCUUGCACCAAGAUGCUGCGUUUCCUUAUCGGCUUUCUACAAUGAGACCAUCGUCAAGUGUCCAAUGUGUAGCUGUGCUUGCCAGGAUGAGGCUAAAUCUCAAUGUGUCACGGCAGGGGUGUCGGGUCCUACAAUGCUGCAGCUAAGUCGGAACGAGCCGGUGGUGCAGUGCACGAGCCACAUGUGCCCGAUAAUGGUGCAUUGGCACAUCAAGCAGAGCUACACGCAUUAUUGGAGGGUGAAAGUGAGUAUUUCAAUCUCAAUACCUUUUUCAUUGAAUUUUCAGAUGAUAGUGGGGUUUUUUAUGGGAUUCAAUAUUACAACGACAGGCUUGUGCAGUUAGGGAAGAAUGGGAAUGUACAAACGGAAAUAUUGAUGCAUAAAGAUACAGGCUUUACAUUUAAGGAAGGGUGGGGAUUUCCUAGGAAGAUCUCGUUUAACGGUCAAGAUUGUGUGAUGCCAUCAACAGAUGAUUAUCCCAGGC